AUGGGGCGGAGGAGGCAGGCCCUCCAUGGCGCCGCGCUCUCGCUGCUGCUGCUCGCGGCGGCCGCCCAUGCUCAGCAGACCGAUCCAGGCGACGCGGCGGCGCUGAACGCGGUGUUCGCCAAGCUCGGCCAGAAGGCGCUGUCGUCAUGGAACAUCAGCGGCGACCCCUGCACCGGCGCCGCCACGGACAACACCAACAUCGACAACAACCCGCCCUUCAACCCGGCCAUCAAGUGCGAGUGCUCCGGCGGCAACGCCUCCGUCUGCCGCGUCACCAGGCUGAAAAUAUACGCGCUGGAUGCAGUCGGCCCCAUACCCGAGGAGCUGCGGAACCUCACGGCCCUGACCAAUUUGGAUCUAUCGCAAAACUACUUAACAGGGCCUUUACCAUCGUUCAUCGGGGAGCUGACUCGUAUGCAGUACAUGUCUUUUGGCAUCAAUGCGUUAUCUGGACCUUUGCCAAAAGAGCUCGGGAACCUUACGGAUCUUGUCUCACUGAGCGUUAGCUCAAACAAUUUCAGUGGCUCGCUUCCUUCGGAAUUGGGGAACCUGGCCAAACUUGAGCAAUUGUACAUAGACAGUGCUGGCUUUAGUGGUCCACUACCAUCAUCACUUUCCAAGCUUACAAAAAUGAAAACAUUGUGGGCAUCAGAUAAUGAUUUUACUGGGCAAAUACCAGAUUAUAUUGGGAGCUGGAAUCUAACAGAUUUGAGGUUUCAGGGAAAUUCGUUUCAAGGUCCGCUCCCAGCAACUCUGUCCAAUCUUGUCCAACUGACAAACUUACGAAUCGGUGAUAUACUAAACGGAAGUUCUUCUUCGCUGGCAUUCAUCAGUAACAUGACAUCUUUGAACUCCCUGGUUUUGAGGAACUGUAGGAUAUCUGAUACACUUUUAUCAGUAAACUUUUCGAAGUUCACGAGUUUAAACUUAUUGGAUUUGAGUUUUAACAAUAUAACAGGCCAAGUACCACAAACCUUGUUGAAUCUGAAUUCACUCGGCUUCUUAUUUCUUGGAAACAAUAGCCUUUCGGGAAGCCUUCCAAGCUCAGUAGGACCUAUGCUUAAAAAUUUAGAUUUUUCUUACAACCAGCUCACAGGAAAUGUUCCUUCUUGGGGAAAUUCGCAACUGAAUUUGGUGGCAAAUAAUUUCGGGGCCGAUAUAUCAAGUAACAGUGGCUUACCUACGGGGUUGGACUGCCUUCAGCGAAAUACACCUUGCUUUUUUGGAUCUCCUAAAUCUUCUUCAUUUGCUGUGGACUGUGGUAGUGAUCGACCCAUAUCAGGCUCAGAUAAUUCUCUGUAUCAACCUGAUGCUGCCACUCUUGGAGCUGCAUCAUAUUAUGUUACAGGAGAACCCACGUGGGGUGCUAGCAACGUUGGAAGAUUCAUGGAUGCGUCAAACGGAAGUUCUAUAAUCUACAGCUCACACCAGUUUCUGAAUACACUUGAUACAGAACUGUUCCGGAAUGCAAGGAUGUCGCCAUCAUCCUUGAGAUACUAUGGUAUUGGCCUUGAAAAUGGAAACUACACAGUUACGCUUCAAUUUGCAGAGUUUGCCUUCCCAGAUGCUCAGUCCUGGAAGAGCAGAGGUAGAAGGGUUUUUGAUAUAUAUGCCCAGGGUGAGCGUAAGGAGCAGAACUUUGACAUAAGAAAGGUGGCAGGCGGAAAAUCUUACACUGCUGUUAGGAAGCAGUACACAGUUCCUGUCACCAAGAACUUUCUUGAGAUUCAUCUCUUCUGGGCCGGCAAGGGCACUUGCUGCAUUCCUGAUCAAGGCUACUACGGGCCUGCAAUAUCAGCUUUGAGUGCAACACCAAAUUUCACCCCUACAGUGCGUAGUGCUGUAGCAAAGAAGAAUGAUAGUAAAACAGGUGUGAUUGCGGGAGUUGUAGUUGGUAUAGCAGUUUUAGGAUUGGUAGUGCUUGCCGGAAUCUUUCUUUGGAGGCGGAGACAGAAAAGGAGAAAACUAUCGUUGGAGCAAGAAGAGCUGUACAGUAUUGUGGGAAGACCUAAUGUCCUCAGUUAUGGUGAACUGAGGUCAGCUACUGAUAAUUUCAGUCCUAAUAACCUUCUUGGUCAAGGAGGAUAUGGGUCGGUCUAUAAGGGAAAGUUAACUGAUGGUAGGUUCGUGGCAGUGAAGCAGCUAUCUGAAGCAUCUCAUCAGGGAAAAAAGGAGUUUGCAACGGAAAUAGAAACUAUAUCUCGAGUGCAACACCGUAAUCUGGUUAAGUUGUAUGGUUGCUGCCUUGAGGGCAAUAAGCCACUGCUGGUUUAUGAGUACCUGGAGAAUGGAAGCCUGGACCAUGCUCUGUUUGGCAAAGGGAAGUCAAGCCUAGACUGGCCAACACGUUUUGAGAUAUGCUUAGGCGUUGCAAGAGGUCUGUCCUAUCUUCAUGAAGAAUCUAGCAUCCGUGUUGUGCACAGGGACAUAAAGGCCAGCAAUAUCUUACUUGAUGCCAAUCUCAAUCCUAAGAUCUCGGAUUUCGGGCUGGCUAAACUUUAUGAUGACCAGAAGACACAUGUGAGCACGAAAGUUGCUGGUACAUUUGGUUAUCUUGCACCUGAGUAUGCCAUGAGAGGCCAUAUGACAGAGAAGAUCGACGUGUUUGCAUUCGGGGUCGUGGUAUUGGAGACUUUAGCUGGAAGACCAAACUACAGUACAAAGGACGAGAACAAGGUUUAUAUUUUCGAAUGGGUGUGGGAGCUGUACGAGGACAACCACCCGCUGGACGUGGUGGACCCGAGGCUGGAGGAGUUCGACAGCGAUGAGGUGCUCCGGGCCAUCAAGGUGGCGCUGCUCUGCACCCAGGGCUCGCCCCACCAGCGCCCCCCCAUGUCGAGGGUGGUGGCGAUGCUGACGGGCGACGUCGAGGCGCCCGACGUGGUGACCAAGCCGAGCUACAUCACGGAAUGGCAGAUCAAGGGCGGCAACACCACCUACAUGAGCACCGACGUCAGUGGGCAAUCGAGCUCGGCGCCAAGGCCCCACUCGUCGACGUCCCAAACCUCCUCGCCGUUCCUGAGCUCCGUCAUCGACGAAGGCACAGAUUUGUUGAGAAUGCAUGCAUCUUACGGAUGGUGUCGAUACAGGCAGUUUUUUUUUUUUGGCAUUGUAUUGAACUGUACAGUGGUGGUAUGUAGGAUGAGUAAAAGUUGUAUGUGUACUCGUGUAGGUGAAGCUCUGAAUUCUUUGGUCUCGUUGGACGCGCGUACGAUUUGCAAUAAUUUUCGGCUUGGACUUUGA